AUUUAACUAAUAUACGGUUAAUGUGAAGUAUUUUCUAUGUAUACGUAACGAUAAUAUCAUUAUUUUGCGCGAAAUAAUAUUGAAAAUAUAAAUCAUUUUCGUGAAUGUAUACUCGUAGAAUUUACAAAAGAAAUGAUAUUUAAUGAUUUUUCAAAUUCAUUAGAAAGAUAACAUCAUAGAAAUGACGCCAAAACGCAAAACUACUAGCUCGGAAUCUACUUCAUCUUCGAGCUCUGGCUCUUCAUCCAGUAGUUCCUCAAGUUCUGGCAGUGAAUCUAGUUCGUCUGAUUCAGAAAACUCCAGCAGUUCUAUUAAUAGUCAAAAGGCAUCUGAUUCGGAAAGAUCUAAAAAGAAGGUACCGUUUCCAGCCGCAAGACAUGUCAAAUCUAAAACUGAGCCAACUCCUACUACUACGGCAGAAAAUAAAAACAAGGAGAAAGUACAACCUAAGUCUAGACCAGUGGUUUAUUCAUCUGAAUCUGAAGAAUCACCUAGUAAGCUCAAAUCUGUGAAAAGAAAACUACCUGCCAAACCUAAAGCUACUGCUACUGUAGCACCUGUAGUUAAAGUUCAAAAACCGCCAACUAAACCAGCAUCUAAUGUUGCCCAACAUAAAAAUAUACCAGCUGCAAAGCCAAGCAAUAAACAAACCAAACUUUCAGUUUUAUUUGAUAAAACUUCAGGGCCUUCAGGAACAAAUAUGAAAGUAGCGGAUAAAUCUACGAAAAUUACAUCGGAACCGGUACAAAAGAAAUUAAAAAAGAAGAGUAUAUUUAGUCCUGAAAAUAGUAGUGAAAGUGACAAUGCUUCUCCACCAAAAAUAAAUGCGAUAAAAGCAGCGAACAAUACUGUAAAAUGUGCAAAAGCUCCACCUAAAAUAAAAACUGCUGAGCCCAAAAUAAAACCUACCAUACCAUCAAGACCUGCGCUAGUUGCUAAAACUCCGCAAAUCCAAAAGUCAGAUAGCUCGGCCAGUUCAAAGAGCUGUUCGGGCGGAUCAGGUUCCUCUGGUUCAACAGAUAGCAGUAGCGAUUCUGAUUCCUCGGAAAGCGUUACUAGUCCGCAAUCUCAACCUAAAAAGAAGGAUGUUCCACCACCUGUUACACAGAAUAUCACUACAAAUACACAACCAAAAAGACCGUCAGCAACAGUAGCACCAGUUAAACCUUUAAAAUGUACGAAGAGACAAGGUAGAAUAAAAAGUGAGGAUGAUGGGGAUGCAUCAGGCAGUGAUAAAGAAAUGGAUGACAAUAUAGAAGUGAGUUCUUCUAAAGGAACGGUUAAAGGCAAAAGGAAGUUACAAACUCGCAAAGGAAGCAAGCUAUUACAACUGCAAGCAAAAGCUGCUAGUGACUCAGAAUCGGAUACAGUAUGGUUCUCAGGUACGGAAACGAUAGAGCGUAAACGUAUCCUGCAAAUUCCACUGAUCCGGUGUGAUUUGUCGGGAGUAGCUGAAAGCAAGAGAAGUACGAGCAAGUCGCCAGUUAAGCGUGCUGGUCCUGGUCAGGGCGCUAGACAUUCAUCAUCCGCAGUGAAUAGAACGACACAGAGCAGUACUGGAUCUAAUACGGUCGCUAAUAGAACCGGACAAAACUCUUAUAAUCGCACACGUACUACCAAAGAAAGAGAAUGUCCAUUGGCAGCAUGCUGCGAUUCCCGAGGUCAUCUUUCUGGAAAACUGGACACGCAUUUUACCUUGGAAGCUUGUCCUUUGUAUCACAAUACUACGCCACAAAAUUGCAUAGAAUUCUACAAGGAAAGGAAGAAAAGGGAAGAAGAACGAAAGAAAUCGAUAGGCAAUCUUGCUAAAAAAUCACCUAAAGGAGGACAUCAGACAACCGAGCAACGUAAUUAUCAACUUAAAGUUAAAGAAAUGAGAAACAAAUGGAAGCCUCACACCGGGGAAGAUAAUGGGAGUGACAGUGGUAACGAUCUUCCUGGAAAUGAAAAGGACAGACAACCGCGUUUAAAUAAUCUCACCUCGGAUUAUGAUCUGAAAUUAUUUAUGGAAGCUCAAGCAAUUGCCAGCGAAAAAAUAGAGAAAGAGUUAAAAGAAUUGGAUUAUGAUGGAGAAGGUAGAAACAGUGGUGGCACACGUUGUGUCGAAAUGGGAAAAUGGGAAAUGGAAGUUUGGUAUCAAAGUCCAUAUCCGGAAGAAUUUAGUCGUGCUCCUAAACUUUACCUUUGCGAAUAUUGUCUGAGAUAUGCAAAAAGUCGUCAGGUAUUAAGAAGACAUCGAGAAAAGUGUUUGUGGAGACAUCCACCGGGACAUGAGGUAUACAGAAAAGAUAAAAUUGGCGUCUGGGAAGUGGACGGUAAACGUUACAAACAAUAUUGCCAAAAUUUGUGUCUCCUAGCAAAGUUCUUUUUGGAUCAUAAGACUCUUUACUACGACGUGGAACCAUUCCUCUUCUACGUGAUGACUAUAGGCGAUUCUGAAGGAUGUCAUACAGUUGGUUAUUUCAGUAAGGAAAAGAAUUCUUUCCUGAACUACAACGUUUCCUGUAUCCUGACGUUACCACCAUAUCAGAGACAAGGCUAUGGUAGACUUCUCAUCGACUUUAGUUAUCUAUUAACAAGGGUUGAGAAGAAGAUAGGUUCACCGGAGAAACCUUUAUCGGAUUUGGGUCUAAUAUCUUAUCGAAGUUAUUGGAAGGACGUUUUGUUACAGUACCUUUGCAAUUUUGGUGGCAAGGAACUUUCAGUGAAAGACAUUAGCAAAGAAAUGGCGAUUGACUCUUAUGAUAUCGUCAGUACUUUACAAGCUCUUGGAAUGAUGAAGUAUUGGAAGGGCAAGCAUAUUAUAUUGAAGAAACAGGAUGUGAUAGACGACUAUAAGGAGAGGGUGAAGAGACGUGGUCUCGUCUACAAGGAGAUCGAUCCGGAGUGCCUAAAAUGGAAUCCCUUCCAGCCUCCCAAGACUCCCUCAGCUUCGAACUAAGAGGGCAAAGAGGAAGAUCGGAAAGAGAUGAAGAAAAGAAGGGAAAGGAGAAAGAGAAGCCGUAAAGCAGAUUUCACGCCUGUAACGAUUGGUAAGGGCCAUAGAAUCCUUCCUGGAACUCGUUCGUUCCACGUCGAAGUCUCUGAAGAGACCAAUGAGGAACGUGCAAAAGUGGACUGAGAAAAAGAUUAGAUGAGAAGUUGGUAUAUGUAUGGCAGUUGUUGUAGUUGCUUCUUCUUCUUCUUUUAUUUAUUUAUUUUUUCUUCUUCUUCUUCUU